AUGCCUGGACUGGAGGAAAUUGGAAAAUGUUUUUGCGGAAAAGAAGCACUUCAACGCUGCUCCGGCUGCCAAAGUGUCUUCUACUGUUCCAGAGAGCACCAGAAAGCUGAUUGGAAGAAACAUCGAUCCAACUGCCGGGCCUAUCGCGUCGAACGGACGCUCAACGUAGGACGUCGAUUGAUAGCUUGUCGGGAUCUCAAAGCAGGUGAUGUUAUCCUCCAGGAGAAACCAUUAGUCAUGGGGCCCAAGUACACGGCUGGCCAAGUCUGCCUCGGUUGCUACUCGAGCGUUGAUGGCCGGACGAAAUGCUCUCAGUGCGGUUGGCCCACUUGCGGACGAGUUGAAUGCCACACCAACGACUCGGAUCACGCGGUUGAAUGCGGACUGAUCGCAUCAGGUGGCCGUCCCAUCGUCGGCAGCCUUCCGGUUCAAGCCUAUCAAAGCGUUAUGGUGUUACGCUGUUUAGCGCUUAAGGAUCAGAAUCCUGGCCGCUGGGAGGAAUUGCUGCAACUGGAAUCGCACGUUCACGAAAGACGUCAAAGAGGAUUGGAGGAUGUGGAUCAAGCUACUUCCGUACGAUUGAUUCGUGAAACGUUGGGACUGGAUGUACCGGAAGAACUGAUCCUUCAACUGUGCGGAAUUCUGAUGGUAAACAGUUUCGAGCAGCCUCCGUUGAAAGCCAAUUCGCCACAGGGUUUAGUGGCGGUCUAUUCUACGGCCAGCUUGCUGGAACACGACUGCGUAGCGAAUGCAAUCAAAACGUUUACCAACAACGGAGACAUAGUAAUCCGGGCAGCCGUGCCAAUCUCAAAGGGUGACAAAAUAGCUCUUUGCUAUACUGAGCCUUUAUGGGGCACGGUUAAUCGUCAACGUCAUUUAUCGCAAACCAAGUUCUUUCAAUGCGUCUGUGAACGUUGCAAAGAUCCCACAGAAUUGGACACUUUCAUUUCUGGCCUUCAUUGUCAGAAAUGUCCGCAACAAUCAGGAAUCCUUUUGAUUGAAAACCCUACGGAUGACGCGAGUGACUGGAAAUGUCGACAGUGUGGCACUCGUCAGCCAGCCAACUAUGUGGCAGAAAUCAUAGAAAGUGUCGGCAAGGAGAUAGUGGCUUUAAAAAAGGGAUCGCUCAAAGACUGUGAAGUAUUCCUGCGCAAGUUUUCCAAAAUUUUACAUCCAAACCAUUUCUAUUUGACGGAUGUUAAAAUGGCUCUAUGUCAAAUGUACGGACACCUUGAAGGGCAGAGCCUAAUUGAAAUGAACGACGAUACGCUCAUUGCUAAAGAGGCUCUCGCUUUGGAACUUCUCAAAGUGGCAGACGCCGUGUCACCAGGACUGACUCGGUUGAGAGCGAUUCUUCUGUACGAGCUACAAGCAGUUUUGUCAGUUCGCUGUCGUAAGCUUUGCGUUACCCAAAGCAUUUCGAAAGAAGAAUUACAAGCCAAUGUGAAAGUGGUUCGUAAAAUGCUGCAAGAGUCGUCGACGAUCUUUUCGUGGGAGCCGGAAGAAACGGACGAAGGCCAGCUUGCUGUGAUUUCUGCCAAAGAACUAAGAGAUGUCGAAUUAUUUCUAAAGACUCUUGAUUAAAUUAUUUCUACCAUACGUAUAUCAAAAUGUGUUCCUUACCUUGAUACACUCAUGAUUUUAGGAAUAAAUAGAAGUUUGUGGCAUAUCAAAA